GGUAAUAGGUGUGGCGCUGCAGGUUACUUUUUUGAUGGAGUUAAAUAGAGAUUAACACACACAUUUUAACUAAAACUAGCACACACUUACCUGCCUAACACACACACAUGUAACACGCACACACUUGCCUUACACACGCAACUCUCUGUACGUAACUACCACAUACGUUUAAAAUAUGCACACACCUGUCUUCCGAGCAGCACACAGCAAUAUAAGGAAGGGCUCAUUCACUUCCGUAUAAAGACCACGCUUAACCAAGCACAGACACACUCAGGCGCACACACGAAGACUCAGACACAGGUACGCACACACUCACGCGCACAGGUGUGUCGCGCAACAGGUGUCUGCUCGGAAUCCAAGCGGAGUCUGCUCGGAAUCCCGGCUACGGGGAGGGGGGGGUGGAUGAUGGAUUGCGGAGACGAGACGAUGGAAGGCUUCUUGGAAAAGCGACGCGACAAAGUUAGCUUCCUCUGGAGGCGGUAUUGGUUCCGGCUGAAGGGCGGCAAACUCUGUUACUUCAAAAGCCGCGACUGCACCAGCCCUCACGGCGUCAUAGACGUGAACAAGAUUAAAACCAUCGGAGAGGUGACUUCAACGGGCAAAAACUUUUCGUUUGAGGUUGUGCUCUCUGCGGAGAAGACGGUCAUCUUGGCUGCAGACUCAAACGAGGAGUGCAAGUCGUGGAUAGAGACGCUGCUGUCCAAAUCAUCGAGUGCCCGCCGCUCCUCCUCCCAGCGGAAGGCCGUCUCCGUCUGGUACAUCGAUACGCCACCCGUGGACAGACUGACGGGCGCGCUCGCGUCAACGGAGAACGGCGCGACAACCAAUCGCAACUGGACCCGCAAGGAGGCUCACGACUCGAACUCCGAGACGGCGCCGCCGAUGACGACGCAGAAAAUGCAGCCGACGCGAGAGCCGCCGCCGAUCCCACAGAGACCGCCCAGCACCAGAAAACCACCGCUCAAAACUCCUCCACUGCCGCCUAAAUUGCGAAAAUAUUCAACGCCCAGGAGCCAGGGCUGCGCUCGUCCUGCCAGCCCCAGCCUCGAGAAACUGACAAUCGAAGAUUCGGACGACGACCACGUUUUUGAGGAAGUAAUAUACGACACGCCACGCCCGUACCCGGAGACGCUACAGCACAAGGAUUGCCCAGUCAAGGCCUCGUCGAGUUAAAUUUGACCAACACACACAGCUUGCACUCGGAUGAAAUGUUCAUCAUCGCGUUCAUUGUGAUUACAAAGUGGAGUCGCAACCAAAUUGCCAGUUAGAAUCAUGAUCAGAGGUCAACUCAGCCCUUCAUCCGACCGUGAUUGAUAAACUGAGUGGCCCACUUUGUAAGCAGCAGACAAGAGGUUGUUCAGCCAGCUUGCGCUUGCCAUUGGACUGUGGAAUUUCCACAAAUAGCUAUACGAUUAAACAUAUAUUUCUUCUGUGGUAACAAUAGUAUAUGUAUACGCAAAGGUCAGUUGUAUAUAGGCCACUGGUAACACUUUACUCCAUGUACUGUAUACCUUAACAGUGGAUUACGCCGAGAAAUAAAACGGGGCAGCUCCAGUCGGCAGGUUUCCUGGCCUCAUUCUUUAUUUUACAAUCGCAAAAAAGUUUGACGACGGGAGACGCUCCAACAAAGGCACAGGCUCGCGAGGGGUGAGCAAGGAGGCCAUGUUGCAUAAAAUCCAAACCUCUCUCCGGUAAAUGCGUCCUAUGCGGAUGGUACAAAAUAGUCUCGGUGUUCACUCCAAUAAGAACACC